UGCCUUAUGGUCUACGGCCAUUACUAUUCACCAAGUCGAGGUUUGGAAUUCUCCAAACAUGAUGAUAUACUAUAAUACCACAUCCUCCCGCUAUCCCUCACGUGUCCUUCAAAACCACACCAAGAAUCUUAUUGAUCUACAAAGUCCUUCCUCCUCCCUUCCCACCUACAUAUAUGAUAUUCUAAAUAUUAAGAGCAUUUCAACUACAAACCAACUACAAACCAUUCCAAUGGAGUCGGUUGCCUCCAAUUCACCAUCACCGGACAACCACCGGCCUCCCUUGCGGUUCAGACCUAUCCAACCUAUUGCAGACCGAAUAGCGAGAGCCCUCCGACACCACCUCCGUCUCCUCCACCGCUCAGACCAAUCCAAGUUUUUUGUCUUGGGUGCCACCGGAAAUGUGUAUAUUGUGACAUUGUCUGCUACCCCUUCAUGCACGUGUCCUGACCGCACAUCUCCAUGCAAACACAUCUUGCUCGUCUUCAUUCGAGUAUUGGGUGUUUCUCUAGAUGAUGCUUGUCUUCGUAGGAAGACUCUUCGGCCAUUCCAACUCAAUCGUCUACUUGGUGCGCCUAUAUUAUCCGAAGCACUUGCAGGAGCCAGAGUUCGCGAGAGAUUCCAUCAAAUAUUCUUUCAAUCUAGGCAGGGCUCUUCACAACCAAUUGUUGAGAUAGAAGAUGGUACAACUUGCCCAAUUUGCCUGGACGAGAUGGGAAAAUGUGAAAACGUGGUGACAUGUGGAACUUGUCAGAAUCCGAUACAUGAAGAAUGCUUAUUGAGAUGGAAGAGGAGUAGGGGAAGAAGGUCUGCGACUUGCGUGAUAUGUCGGGCAAGGUGGAGAGAUAGGGCAGAUCAGGCAAAGUACUUGAACUUGGCUGCUUAUGCAAGCCAGGACGAUCCACCAACUGCUGAGGGCAGUGGAGGCUGUGGUGGUUAAUUAAGUUUAAUUGUUUGAUUCACCUGAAACAUAGGCAAAUUAAUUAGUUAAUCGAAUGUCUAUUGCAUUGGUAAUCAGCAUAUUGUAUAAUCCUAGGAACAAGAUGUAAUUUUUAAAAUAUAAUCUGCAUUAAUGAUAUUAUUUUAAAA